AUGUCUCGCUGGGGUAGAGGUAGAGGCGGCAGCGUGGCUGUGCCGCUUGAUAGUGCCCUAUUUAGAGAGAACAGCAACUGUCCUACCGCGGCUCGUUCUGCAGGUACAGUUGGAAAGUGGGGUAUUACCAGCUUUACGUCAAUCCGAAGCGCGCCUUACGCAUACUCUAGCAAUGUUCUUAAGAAGCCAGUUCAAGAUCAAAAUAGCCCCUUAACAGUACCAGCCGUUGAGGCAGAACAACCUCCACCGAAGCCCAAAAAAUUCUUUAAAUCCCGAAAUGCAGAACUAUAUCCUCCAGUUCCUCAAAUUACUUAUGCACCACCAGUACCUGCAGCACCUCUAUCACCAGAACAUCCUUCUCAUAGUAAAGAGAAAAAACCAAAAAGAAGGACACAUACAAGAGAUUCGUCCUCUCCAGAAAUACCUUGGAGAAGUUCUGAAAAGAACAAAACGAAGAAAAGCACAGUUGCAACUAAGGCAGCCAAAAAAGAGGAUGUCCCUGCUGAAAAUGCUCAACCACCCAAUAAACGUUACUUAGUCCGUAAUAGGAAUAAGGUGAUAAAUUAUGCUGAAGACGGCAGUAAUAGUCCCAUACCAGAAUUUACAAGUCGAUAUGAACCUCUACAUGUGAAAGCUCCAUCACCAAAAAUACCAACACCAUUGGCAAGUCCAUCAUUAGAAAAUCAAACUCUUGUAAAAGCAGAAGUAUCAAGUCCUUCGACAAGUAAAGAUGCUAAUGAGGAACGUAAGCCACCUCCUAUUGUGCUAAGAAUAUCUAAAGGAACGUCCCGAAUUGUCAGCACAGAUUCAAAUGAAGGCUUUACAUCUCCAAAUUCUGACAGACAUUCAUCUUUGGAUAUGCAUUCAGAUGUUGGCUUUGAUCACAAAAAGAGUCCAUCUGUUGAGACAAUAUGUUCACCAAAACAAGAAAGCCUUAAAAUUACAAUAAAAUGCCCAGGCAUAAAUCAUGAAAAUAAGAAAGAAAAGAAAAAAGAAAAAAAGGACCACAAAUCUCACAAAAGACAUCAUCAUAAAAGUUUUGAUGAAGAACUUGCAAAGAAACCGGCCUCACCACAAUCUGGUUUGGAUGUUUAUGAUCUCUACAAAACUCUUGCAUCACCUCCAUAUGAUAAUGAAAAGGUCUUUGGAAGUAAACAAACAACUAAAGAUGAAAUUGAAUCACGUCUUUCUAAGCUUGAUGGCUUAGAACCACCCAUAAAAUCACCUAGGUUAGAAGUGCAACCGAAUGAAACACCACCUGAACCAAAACCACCAGAAAAUACAGGAAGAUCAAGAAGAAAUCGACCCAAUAUAAACUAUAGUGAAAAUGAUGAUUACUUAGAUGUAAUUACUACUGGUUAUACUAGCAAACAAACAAUUAAAACAGUAAGUGACCUCAAAAAAGAAGGACGUAAAACUAGAAGGAAACAAGAAGCAACUAUUGAAAAUUCUUUAGUCACUGCUACAGACCCUGGUAGUGAAACUGAAAAGAAAGAAAGCCCUCCAGAGAAUACAAAAUUAGUAGAAAUGUUUUCAAAUAGCGCAGAGAAUAAACCAAUUAUUGAGACAUACAAAAAGCCACACAAAAAGCAAAAACAUAAGCAAAUAAAAUAUUCUAGCCCUGAAGAGGAGAUAGACAUGACUCAACAGAAAAACUCACAGGAACAACACAACAACAGUGAUAAAGAAUCAAAACUAGAUGACUUACCACUGAACAGCUUAGUUCAAAUGUCAAAUUCACAUGACACUCAAGGUUUUCCUCAAGCAAAUACCCAGUCUUCAGACUCUGCUUACAACAGUUGCCCUAAUGAUAAUUCAGAAGAAGAAAUACAAAGGAAUUCACAAGAAGAUGUCUUCAAAUCUCCAAGGGGCUUAGGCGAAUCAGAAGAGCAUUUAGAAGAUAAACCAAGUGUAAAAUUGGUAAUAACUAAAAAGAAAGGCUCAAUAUUUAAAAGUAAGUCAUUAGUAAAUGACAAUCCAUCACCAUUGCCUGCUAGGAAGAGACGUCAUUUGUAUAGGCAUGAAUGGGCCAAUGAUAAAGGAAGUGAAACUCCAAGGCCUGAGCCAUCGGAAAAUUCUGAGGUCAGAAAUCCAGUAGCACCAGUGACUGAAGAACUGACCAGGGUCACUAGGUACAGAGCCGCUGAUCCCAUUGUAGAUGACAUUGAGUCUACUAAUGAUGGUUUUAAACCAUAUACUAGUGUUAAAUGUAAUAAGGAAGCUAAAGAAUAUUACACUGUAGUCAGAAAUGUCAAGAAAGCACAUCAGAUACAGGAAAUUGGAGAAUUCCAAGAAUUCAAUGAUGAUGUUGAAUACCUUCUGGAUGCAUUACAGGACAACAAUCCAAUGUCAACAAGGUGUCUAUCAACGAUAACAUUGGCGAGCAAAUGUACGGCACCGGCAUUCCGCAUGCACUUGCGGGCCCACGGUACUGUGCAGAAGUUCUUCAGUGCACUUCACGACGCCACAAAUGACCAGAGUCUGGGUCUGUGCACUGCCACAGUCAUGUUUGUGUUAUCCCAAGAUCGUCUCAACAUGGACUUAGAUCGAGAAUCACUUGAGCUUAUGUUAAACUUGUUAGAAUCCGACGCUUCACAUAAGAAUGCUCUCGAUGAUUGUGGUUUAACAUCGACACAAUUAGCCAAAACACAAGAGCGUGUAAGGGAAUUAUGUGCUGAGAUAAAAAGCCAAGGGAAAGCUCAACAUUUAGAUUUGGAUAACAUUACGGUUGGUCAUUUAGCAAUGGAAACGCUUCUUUCACUGACGUCGAAACGCGCUGGUGAAUGGUUCAAAGAAGAAUUGAGAGUUUUGGGUGGUGUUGAUCAUAUUGUGCGUACUAUCCAGGACUGCGCUAAUAAACUCGACAUGCCGACAUCUUCAUGGACUAAUGAACAAAUUGAAGUGCUAAGGAAAGCAGAUAGAUGUAUGCGGGUUUUAGAGAAUGUGACACAACAAAACGAAGAGAACCAAAUACAUCUGGUACGCGAGGGCGGCGGCGCGGCGCGGACACUGGCGGCGUUGCUGCGGCGCUGCGCGGCCGAGGCGCGGCGCGACGUGGAGCGACGCCUGCCGCUGCUCGACGCCGCGCUGCCCGCACUCAAAGUACUAGUCAACCUCUCGCACUCGUUCGGUAACACCGCAUCAGUCGGAGCUCAAGUAGUAGGUGAACAACCAUCAGUCAUGGAAAUCUGCCUCAUCAUUCUCAACAAUCAAGGAAAUUUUAUACCUGAUAACAGGAACUUCGAAUUUAGUGUUUGUGUCCUUUUACUGCUAAUAAAUUUAGUACAAAACAAUGAGACGAACACGCAACGCUUACUGAAUGUGCGGAUCCGUGUUGAUAAUGAAGAUGACAUUAUAUCCCGAAGCGUGUCGGCGCUCGACCUUAUUGUCGAUUUGUUCUACAAGCGAGAAGAUCUGGCGAGGCGAGCUGAAGAAAACACGGAUGCUUUGUUAGAUGGUGAAAAAGAACCUGAAUCUGACACAGAAAAGAAGAAGCAAUCCCAAGAUGACAUUGACGAGACUGUAGCAAAAUUGUUGUCCCGCGCCGGCACGCACAUGGAGCACACGAUGGUCGGCGCGUACAUCGGGCUGCUGGUGGGGCACAUGGCCGUGCUGUCCCCCGAGCACGCGGCCGCGCUGCGCCAGCGCGUGCCCGACUACGCGCCGCUGCUGCCCACGCUGCGCAAGUACUACGCCUUCCUCUCCCUCACUGCGAGCGGGGAAGCGGCGAUCGUCGCCCACGUCAAGUCUACGCAGCGCAUCAUCGAGUUCAUGGAGACGAGCGACAAGGACUAUUUGUCGCCGUCCGACGUGCCGCAGGACAUGUCGCUCAACACCCUCACGUACUCGAACCACAACUACGGCACUGGGUCCGACAGAAUUUCGUCCAUGGAACUCGACGGGUACCACUGAAACACGAACGUGUUACUCUGAGAUCGUAUGCCGCGGAAGUACAAUGUCAAUUCUCGAUAUGUCGAGAGGCUUCUUUUGUAAAAUUGACUGUAUUAUAAGUUUUUUUUUAGUGAUAUUUUACUAUCUCAUUUCAAAAACAGUUUACUUGGAAAAAUGUCGCUUAUCCAUAUAAUCUAGGAUGACUGUUCAAAAAGACCAGUUUUUACAAAAUAUACAAAGUCAAAUGUUCAGAAACGUGUCAAUUUUAAGAAAAUAAUUCGUGUUUGUGCCGUUGCAAUGAGAAAAAAAUAAAUAGCGUACGCCUUUUGUAAUAUAUCGAUGAUCAUAUCGUAAUCUAAAUAUUCGUGAGCAAUAAUUAAUUGAGAAAGAGCGUGUAAAUUUUAUGUAAAAAAA